AUCGUGACCUGGCUGAAGUCGGACGCUUAACCGACUGCGCCACCCAGGCGCCCCGAUAAAAACAUUUUUAAAGAAGAAUUUGGUUGAGAGAGAGGUUAAAUAAUCAGGAGAAGUAUUCCACCUCCCGCCUCUCUGGCCAGAACCCCUCCACCUUUUAUUACUCCAUUCAGCUCUCCGUGGAAUCCGGCAUAUUUUAAAGUCAUGACUUUUCUGAUAUUCCAUGCUGGCCAUCCCGUCUUUUCUAUCACCGGACAACAAAUUAUCCCCAAACAGUAAACAGUGGCUCUCUCCCACUUUCUGUGAAUCUGCACAUGGCUCACCGGGGUGCCUCUGAUGUCGGGCAGCGCUGCAGGCCCCACAGAGCUGGACGGGCUCACCCGCACGCCUGCCGGGAGCUUCAGGGCCCGGAGUGGGUUCCCCGCCACGUGGGCCUCUCCAUGGGACCACUCACAGAGCCCGUGCAAGAGAAGGAGCACCUGAGACAGAAGCCAUGGCCUCUUUGUAACCUAACUUCAGAGGUGACAUCCCCUCACCUUCGCUGUGUUCGCUUGUGGAGAAGUGAGUCACUAGGUCCAGCCUACAUCUAGGAGGGAGGGUUCCACAAAGGACUCGUACCAGGGGCAGGGGCCAGUGGGGGCCAGUUAGAGGCUGCCCAGCACACAUCCCGAAACAGCCCAGGAGAGUGCUGCUUUUUAUGUGACGUUCUCUUCCCGUUCAUCAAAAUACUCGCAGAUUCAUCCCUGUAAGCUCUUACCGUGACCUUGUGGCCUCAGAAUAACCUGCUGCUGUUUUACCAUUCUGCAGGAAUACCUCGUGUCAGAUACUUCCCGAAUCCUAUCCAUUUGACAAAAUUUGGGGAAAGUUUGAUAAAAUAGGAAGGUGGCCGUCCUAUUCAAAAUCACUUAGGGAACAGAACAUUCUCCUGUAUCAUAUAAGAGAAAGGCCUCGAUUUUAGGAAAUAUCCACUGAUGUGUUUGGGGGCAAAGAGGCAUGUUGUCUGCAGCUCACUCUCAAAUGGUUCAGGAAAAAAACAGAGCGAGUAAGGAAGCAAACAGGGCAAAAAGAAAGCAGCUGGCAAACCCGAGUAAGAGUAUUUCUGAAUCCCUAGUACUAUGCGUGCGAGCUUUCUGUAAGUUUGAAAUAUGACAAUUAAAAGCUCGGAAAUAAAAAUCUCAGACGCGUCCCAGACCUGCUAAAUGAGAAUUGCAAGCGGGACCUGGGAAACUCGCUUUACGAAAGAUCCUCAGGGGCAUCCUGGUUGCCGAUCAGCAAGGUGUGGGAUGCCCUUGGAGCGUUGCCGCACCACCGCCCUCGGCUCUCCUCCAGCCGUGGAAUCGGCCCCUCGGAGGGAACGGGGCGUGGUGGCAGAUGGGGGUCUAAUUGUGCGGCCCAGGAAGAUGUGCUUGUGGUCCCCGCAAGGGGCAGAAGCAGCGGGUCGCAGCGCAGGGCUGUGCCGAAGGCCUCCCGCCCUGCCUCUUUGGGCGCCUCCCAGUCCCGGGCCACACGCCUCCGGGCCCUGGGCCACCCCGGUGACCAGCGCCGGCCUCGGGAGCCCACCGUGUCUCGGGGAGGCCAGCAGGCAGAGGCAUCGUACCGGCUCUCGCGUCACUGUCCCCCCGCUUGCGGGCGCGUGUGGCACAUGCCCGUCCUGCCCGCGGCGGGCUGGGGGGUGCUCCCCGGAAGUGUGCCUGGUGCUCCGGGCUUCCAACGGCGGUGGGCGUUCACGGGCUUAUGGGAGGCUGGGGGACCAGAGACUGCUGCCGGGCCAGAGAGCGUGGCCACCUCAGAGCUCCCCGCACAGCAGCCUGCGGAAGGGCAGGAGAACGGGGCGAGGCCGGGGCCGGGGAGCAGCGGGAAAGGAGCCCAGAGGUGGGCUCGAGGUCCAGGCCGGGCCUGUCCGCCUGGGAGCCAGGAACCCUGGAGUCUCGGGCGCCGUCCCGGGGGCUGCAGGUGCCUUGCAUCACUGGGGUGGUCAGCUGGUGGGGUCGGUGGGACUGGGGCGAACAGGAGAACCGUGGGUCGAGCCCCUUCGUCCACGCUCCGUUCUUGGUGGGGGGCGUGGGCACCCGCGGAGGGCUCUGUUUGGAAAUAGCCGCCUUCUCACGGGGUCGAGGCCUUUCAGCCCUGACUCACCCGCCGUUUUGUUGUGUUCCGUUUCCGCCCCGUGCGUGGUUUCCUCUCGUGGUCAGCCUCCGCUUCCUCCCGGCCCAGGACGCCUGGCUGCUGCAAGCCCGGGGCCUGACUGGCUCUUCUGGCCACGGAAGUCUUCAUGCUGACGCCAGUUCCUUCUUGGCAAUGAGGGCGGCGGGGCGCUGUGCGCGCGCUCCUGCUGUGCACCCUCUCGGGGGCUUCGCUCUUCUCCUCCGGUGGUUUUCGUGCCCUGCGCGUCAGGCAUCGGAGGAAGCGCAUUUCUCCACGUGCUUUGCCACGCACGUGCCCAGAACGCUCGGUUCCGAGGGCAGAAAACACACGGCGUCUACCCACAGCCCGGUACCGCUCUAUGAUUAUAGACCUGGUCAGGCCGGUCUCUUUGGCUCGUCCCAGACAACUUGCAGAGACGCUGAUUUGCUUCCCCCCCGAGAGGCACGUGAAUCAGCUGUGACUCAGCUGCAGACUUUGCUGGGUGACGCAGAAUCACUUCACCAAAACCUGGCCGCGUGCUCUGCAAACGUUUGCCCCGCGUCCUCUUAACAAAAUGACCAGGUCGUUCGGGGCGAGAGGCGAACUGUGUUUCGUUACUUUUACCAGGGGUCCCCUGUCAGCAGACACCUUAUUUCUCACGCGGUCUGCUGUUCUUGGCUUCGCGCGGGGAAACAGCAGCAAUGGCGGAGGAGGAACUAAAUAUCUGAAGGCACGUUUUACUCACCACCUAUCAGGUGGAUCGGCUCGUGUUCUAAACAGCAAAGCGAGGAGGCAGAGUUCUGACACUCUGGGUACGCGACUUGGGUAGAAAGCUCGGCCGUGUGGCUCAAGCAGGAUUGUGUGGCCGACAGCUUAUCCCACACUGGGACCGUGAGCUCGUCCAGAGGCCACACCAAGGACAGCACCGGUCACCCAGGCUAGACCCCCAUUUCCCUGGAACUUUCCAGAUUCUGAAAAGUGUGAUGGAAACAGAAGGAAGCCAUUGUUGCUCUCGCAGCGUGAAAUACGGCCACGUUUUGAGACCCGGAGGCAGCGAGUAGAACCACACGGAGUUGGAGUCAAGUCCGAGGUACUAGCUUCUCUCCUGCGGUGGUGUUGGGAGCUUCUGGAAGUUCCUUCUCCCUCCACUUGUGUGGUCUUCUGCAUGUGGUACGUGCCUGUAACUGCAACAUUUCUGUCCUAGCUUUUCCUCCUUCUGAAUUGGCAAACAAUUCUUUUCUUUGUUUUUGUUUUGUUUUGGUUUGGUUUUUGGUUUUUUGGCCAAAUUACCUGAAUUUGGUAAUGCUGACCUCACUCAAAGAGCCAAGACCGUUCCUUUGUGCCUUCAGGUCCUAAGAACAAUCAGAACUUUUGUACUUCCGUUAUGUGGCAUUACAUAUAGAAUAAUAAAGUAGCUGCUAUUGUAUAUUUCCGUUAUUUUGGAGGGAACCCCAAAGAGCCUUUGGAACAUGGUGGGAACAGGGAUAAGCCCGUGCACGUGCACCUGCCGCCUCUCAGAGCCUCACCUGAUAGUACUCCUCUGACCGUGGCGUCCCAGGAGCACCGCUCUUGAAGGCCAAGGCCCGGAGGGCGGGAUGCACUGAGUGGCUAAUCCAGGACUGGUUCCAUAGUUCAUUUCAGCGAGACGCCGUAAUCGCUGCAGUUUGGGAAACCCCACCUCGGUUCACGUAACCCCAACACGCACCAGGCCGUAUCUCCCCGGACACUUGGGAGAAACGCGAUGUGGCCUGACUAGACCGCGUGAGGGGUGUCGGCCGUGAACGCUCUGUGUUCCGAUCACACGAGGGUCUUGGGUUUCUUUGCUCUCAAAGACACAUGUUUGCAAAGAAGUCCUUUCUUACUCACAGAAGUGAUGAGUUUCAUGCCUAUCUAAUAUUUUUAAUCAGUGAAAAUAAAAAAUAGACAUGAGUUUUCAAAACCCCAUCCAGCUUGCUAUUCUAACUCCACCUGUUAGAAUAAAGUCUGACCUGGACCCGUCUGCCGGCAGGAAGGUUAAUGGGAAGAUGGUCCCUUGGACGGCGGUGCCGUGGAGGGGUGUCAGUGGCCUGUUGCCACUUCAGUCCCGGAUUUCAGGAAACGCCGACAGCCUAAACGUGCUCAAGAGCCUGUGACGUUCCUGUCCCCCUGUACUGGGCCGUCAGCGUUGGUUACGGUCGCUGCCACUCACCCGUGAGGGGAUGUAGGUGACGGGAAGGAAAGCGAAACAAAAGACGUAGGAGAAAAGCAAUAGUUUUUCUACCUAACGAGGCUUGUAGACGGGCGCGAGUAGGCAGCAGCUGCUCGGAGGGAAAGGGACGUCGAGCGAGUGAAGGCUAGAGUCCGUCUUGCACUUACAGUGCCUUUCCUAGAGAAGAAGAUCAAGGAUGGUCAGAUCGUGGCGGGUCCCAGCUUUGCCCGGGUUCUUCAGAAGGGGCACCGAUGGUGGCUGUCCUGGUUCACAGCACGGGCACCCGGGGCAGCCGUGCUCGCCUGCCGGGGAUGGGACCCUGCCCCCGGGUGAAGAGGACACACCUAUCUCUCAGGCAGUGGAGACGAUGUAGAGCGGUAAACAUCGCAGUCGGUGUUCUAACUGUUGGUUUGGUUUUAUGUGGUUUUAGUCGUAAUAUUGAUCGCAAAAUACCAGAUCGACAGAGGAUGGAGAGGUCUGUGUUUAUCAAAGAGCCAUAUGGUGUUUAGAUGGGGGACAACAACCUCAUUGUCCUGGGGAGAUCCUGAAGAUGGUGGGGGGCACGUGGGCCUUCUCCGUGGCCUGCACCUGGCCGGAGUUUCACAAGCAUCUUUCUAGUCUUCGGUGGUGGGCGAGGCGCGUCUGAAGGCCGGGACCGGUCUGCAGCGGGCCGGAGCCCUUCCCUGGCUGCGCACCCCCAGACCCCACGGCGGGCGCACAGAAAGGGGUGUGGGUGCCUCUCGGGACAGAGACACAGCUCACCCUGUGCCGCCAUCCCCACUCAUCCCGCUGCCUCUGUCCUCGUGGUGAUGGCAUGGCUUUCUCAGAUUAAAGGCUAUUCCCCCUUAAUACUUAAGAAAGAUGUUUAUUUUAAGCUUUAAAAAAACACGUCUCUGGUUGAAACCCUGAUGUGGGCCGUAGACUGUCUCCUGCAUUUAACUCGGUGGAAUGUUCACCUCAGCCCUUUAUUUUCUAAACUGUCUGGCUUUCUCAUGCUGCAGCGAAAUCCUGCCCCUCCGACUCCUUGACCCAGGACCCCUGUGGGAGGCCGGGCCCGGGGUUCCCUCCGGCGACCACCACAUCAGCUGCUCACCCCACACGCGGAGUCCUCUUAGAGACCUUCGAUUCCUGUGCUGCUGGGUCUCUAACUGCCA